UGCGCGGGCGCUUAAUUGUAGGCUAUGUCGGACUCGCGUAUGACGGUCGACACGCGCCGCGGCAUCUGAGAAUAAAGAUCGUUUUCGAUCAACAUUUUGUUUUGUGAUACAUACUCCCAGAGGAUCUGUAAAUCGUGACGGACAGUCUAUUAUAUAUAAUUCAGUGCUGUUUUAUUUUUAUGUUUAUUAAACAGUCACAAUGUUGACCGGCUGGCAGUUAAUUUUGUCGAAACUUUUCGUGAUACCACAACGAUGGGUGAUGGCAAUCAUGGGUUUCCUGGCUGUGGCCAACGCAUACACGAUGCGAGUCUGCCUCAACAUUGCCAUAACGCAGAUGGUGCGGCGGCAUGCCUCCACGCCAGCUUACGAGGAUGGUUCGUGUCCUGCUGAAGUUGACGAUAUCGCGUCUGAUACAAUGGAAGUCAGCGGUUACAAUUGGGACGAAGAGACACAAGGCAUAAUUCUCAGUUCCUUUUACUAUGGGUACAUUGUAACGCAUUUACCUGGCGGCAUGUUAGCGGAACGAUUUGGAGGGAAAUACUCUUUAGGAUUUGGAGUUCUCAGCACGGCAGUAUUCACAUUACUUACACCUUGGACUGUUAAUGUGGGUGGCGCAACUGGACUCAUUAUAUUGCGAGUUCUCGAAGGACUUGGAGAGGGAACCACAUUUCCGGCUUUAAACGCAAUGUUAGCGCGGUGGGCGCCCGUCUCAGAGAGAGGUCGGAUGGGUUCUCUUGUGUUCGGCGGAGCGCAAAUUGGAAAUAUCGCUGGGACGUACUUCUCGGGCCUAGUUAUUAAGGAAACAGGAGAUUGGCAAUCCGUGUUCUAUUUGUUUGGCAGCAUUGGGAUCUUAUGGUUCAUUUUAUGGGCAUUACUCUGCUACAAUGAUCCGGAAUCUCAUCCCUACAUUUCGGACAAAGAAAAGAAAUAUUUAGAGGAAGCUCUGGGAAGACAUCAUAACAGCCAACCCUCUGCAAUUCCGUGGAAGGCUAUUUUUACUUCAGUUCCUCUUUGGGCUCUAGUCUGUGCACAGAUUGGACAUGACUACGGUUACUUCACAAUGGUAACUGAUCUUCCGAAAUAUAUGACUGGAGUAUUGAAGUUUGAUAUUCAUAGGACUGGCACUUUGGCUGCUUUACCUUACAUGGUUAUGUGGAUAAGUUCGAUUAUCUUUGGAUGGAUGUGUGAUAAGAUGGUUAAGAAGCAAUGGCUUACUGUUACGAAUGCUAGGAAGACUUUUACAACUAUUGCCUCUGUCGGCCCCGGUAUUUGUAUGAUCCUCGCUUCAUACUCCGGUUGUGAUACAGAAACAGUGGUUAUUCUUUUUACGGCAUCCAUGGGAUUGAUGGGAGCCUUCUAUCCAGGAAUGAAAGUAAAUGCUUUGGAUCUGAGCAGCAAUUAUGCCGGUACAAUCAUGGCUAUCGUGAAUGGCAUAGGAGCGAUAACUGGCAUCAUAGCACCGUUCCUUGUUGGCUUGCUUACACCUGAUAGCACCCUGGUCCAAUGGCGUUUGGUGUUUUGGAUAACUCUAGCUGUAUUUAUCGUCACCAACUUAGUGUUUGUGGCAUGGGCCUCUGGCGACGAGCAAUGGUGGAACAGUUCCUCGCAAGACGCGAGAAAACAGCAGGUCGAAGCGGGUGCAGUACCCGCAAAUAAUGAGAUUAAAUUAUAAUAUACUAUGUCCAGACUCAAAUAAUCGAGUAUGUGAAGUACAAAACAAGUAUUGAAAUUGGCGAUUCUCUGAAUCCACAGCCAGUGCUAUGUGAUAAUAUUAGUAUAAUAUUUAUAGUAAGAAUUGGAUUGUAUGAUAAGGUUUGAAAAUGAUAAGUUGAUGUCUCAUUUAGUGAUUUUGUAUGAUCCACAACUAUUAUAGUCAUUUUAAUUGUCUUCGUUAAAUCAUGGGCAAUGUACGAAGACUUGGCUACGUCAUAAAUAAUUCUCAUAAAUCAAUUAGUUCAUAGAUUAGUAAAAUAAUUUAUUUUUUCUAUAACUUUUUACAGAUUGUUACAAAUGCAAUUCAUGUUUAAGGCUGUAAAUAAUAUUAAUUAAGGCUUUGAAUGUUCGUGUUUGUAAAUAAUUAUAAGACAGAAGUCAGUGCUACGUGGCUUUGGUUAUAUAUCUAUAUAUGGGGGUAGCGGCAGAGAGGAUCCCUUAUAAUGGAAUAAGUGAAGGGUCCGAAAAACAUAAAAUUGUAGGUUUAUAGUUCGAGUACCGACCAAAUUGAUAUUAGAGUAAGAAGAGCUUGUAAUGAAUUUACUGAUUACGUCAUAAAAAUUAAAAACUCUAAACGACGUGUUUAUCAACUAAUUAAUUGAAAAACGCGCGCCAUUGCGGUUCCUUUUGUUAUUUAAUUAUUUCGUCUAAAUUAACACUUUCUGCAGUAGCGCCAUUAUUUGAUGCUUUUCAGCGGACACAUCUAUCCCAGACAUGGUCCUCUACCUUCCAAAAUGACUAGAUUUAGAUUAGUUUAGGUUGAACAAAUUAAUGUUCGCAAUGAACAAGUCGAACAUGUACAUAUACUAUAUGUAUCUGUAAUUUCUCUAUAAUCUUGAUUGUAUUAUAGUAUUUUUAAGAAGUGUUCAAUUAUUGUUGAUACGUCUUUUUUAGAAUGUUAAAUAAUGGUAAAUGCUUCUCACUCAAACUCAUGUUAAAUAGAUGCGAAUAUAAACAUUAGAAUGUCAACAACGUAAUAAAUCUACCGCUUUUCAUUAACUGGUUUGCUAAGCUAGAAUAAUUGAUUUAAAUUUUAUGUAUAUCGCAAUAACUGAAUACUUCCUGUAAGUGCAACUUUUACUUCAGUAUAUAAUGCUAUUCAGUAUAUGCUAAAUAUUCAAUAAUUUUGUUCACGUUAUUCAGAAAUAAAAAAAGAAAAGGCUGUGAACAAAUUUUAUUUAGAUAGAUACACAAACUAUACUUAUAUCUGAGCGCAUUUGUGCCAUCGAAGAUCUGUAUUUUGUUGAUAAUAUUGUUUUUACUAUUUAUGUUAACAUUGAAGUAAUAAAGUUAAAUAUUUAAGAAACAUUAUUAUACUGAGACAUGUCUGAAUACAUUUAUAUAUUAUGAACAUUAAAAAUGUUUUUAAAAACCUUAUGAAUAUGUUUUUUUUCUUACCUCAUCCAUACAUUACAAAAUUAAAAUAAAAUCUUUAAAAUAGCAAUGUGUAACUCGUAACUUAAAUAACUAAUAACAAAUAACACAGAAAGAGACAUAAACGGAAAUGAUUUAAGAACGCAAAUAAUAUUAAUAACCCAGUAUUCUUUUUAAAGAGCAAGCUCAUAAAAUAAAGCUUCAUUUCACAUAGUU